CCGGGAAAGCGCCCCGGCCGGCGGCGCUUCCCCAGCGCAAUGGGGCCGGUUUUGGGGGUGAGUGGCUGCCGCGAGGCUCCCGCGUGGUCCCUCCAGUGGUGGUCCCUCGGUUGAGAGGAUCUGGGGACCCGGGAGCAGAGCUAAUGUGCAGCUCCCUGGCGGGGCCCGACUGCUGCGGCGGCCUCGACAAUAUUGACUUCAGGCAGGCAGACCUCUGCGUUAUGAACUGGCUGCUGGGCUACGUGGACCCCUCGGAUCCCUACUUUGUGGCUGCCGUCCUCACCAUUGCUUUCAAUCCGCUCUUCUGGAAUGUGGUCGCAAGAUGGGAACAGAAAACCCGAAAGCUGAGCCGGGCCUUCGGCUCCCCCUACCUGGCCUGCUACGCGCUGGGUGGGGCCAUCGUGCUUCUCAACGUCCUGCGCUCACACUGCUUCACACAGGCCAUGCUGAGCCAGCCUCGGAUGCACAGCCUGGAUAACCCCACGGCCUACCUGGUGGGCCUCGCGCUCCUGGCGGUCGGCGGCGUGUUGGUGCUCUCCAGCUUCUUUGCUCUGGGCUUCACUGGAACCUUCCUAGGUGACUACUUCGGGAUCCUCAAGGAGGCAAGAGUGACCACAUUCCCGUUCAAUAUCCUGGACAACCCCAUGUACUGGGGCAGCACGGCCAACUACCUGGGCUGGGCCGUCAUGCACGCCAGCCCUGCCGGCCUGGGACUGACUGCGGUUGUGGCGCUCGUCUACGUGAUUGCCAUCCUGUAUGAGGAGUGAACCCUUCACUGCUGAAAUCUACCGACGGAAAUCCUCCCAGCUCCGAAAAAGAAGCUGACCAGGCUUUUCUGAGGGCCCCCUGGCCUGCCUGCCCGAGUGCCAAGACUGUGAGGGGACGGUGCUUGGCUGUGGCUCGGUACCCAGCCAGUGCAGGCCGCUCCAGUGCCUUGGAAACCGCCGCCUUGGGGGCCUGGACAUGCUGCCAUGUGGCCACUGCUGCCCCCACCAAGUUCUGACUCAUCAAUAAAAGCCCCUCACCCCA